GUCUCUCAGUCUCUGGCUGUCACUCAGCUCGACGUUUUCACCUCCAUCAGACGCACCGACGUGAACAGGAGAGCUCUACGCCAACAUGAACCUUUUCUGCUUUUCGCUGGAGGGGUCCAUGGACAGCCUGUAUGAGGCGGUGCAGAGCUCCGGCGAUGGUCCACCACCGCCCAUCCCCAGCCGCUCCUCCAGCCGCGCAUGCAGCCGUUCCUGCAGCCGCUCCUGCAGCCCAGCGGUGCUGCUGGAUGACAACACAAAGUGGCGAGGCUCUGGGAGAUCUAUUUCUAUGGAGAUGCCUCAGGUGCAGAGAACCAACUCUAAUAAAAAGAAAAGAAGAACACAUAUAUCCAAAUCUGCAUCAGAUAAUGAAGCACUGGAUAACCCCGGCUGUAAUACUGCAGUCUGGCAGCCCGCCAAGAGCCAAGAAGAUUUAGUCCACACCGCCAACAAUCACAAUGAAGAAAUGAGGAAGACUAAACACAGAACAGAAACCAAAGAAGGGAAAGGAGCUCAUCAUUCUGGCACAAAGAAGAAGGAGAAACCGCCCUCAGGCCAGAAUGUCCAUGCCAACGGCACGGUUACAGAGGCUAAACCUGCUGUCAAAAGAAACCAAAAGACGGGAAAGAAACCAGGUGGAAAGAGCGGGAAAGAGGGGUCGAAGAAGAAUCACAACUCCACAGUGCACUCCCCACCAUGCGCUAUGAGCCCACCCAUGGGACCCCAAUAUCUGGACGUGCCGUACAGGUCAGACAGGAGGCCCUACCUAGGCAAGUCCUCCACUCUCCCCGCUCAGGAGAACGCAACGCCAGGCCGAUGCACAGACAUGGCCACCCUCCCCGGUGGAGCGACGCCCACCCACACCUACUCCCACCACCACCAGCGCUGGAGCAACCCAGGCGACAGCAGUCCUGCCUGGGGGACCAUCCAGCACACCUGCCGCAGGCCGCUCACAGAGUACCGCGUGUACUCCCAUGACUUCACCGCGUCCCCUGGGAGGGAGUGGGAAGGAAGACAGCAGCAGGCGACGGCCCAGGAUGACAGCUUGAAACAGGACAGUAAACCCCAGAUUCCUCCAAAGGUGACGCGAUCUGUCACAGAUGUGGAUCUAUCAGAACCAAAUUGCGAUGCGAAAAUACGACAAGAGAAGAGCAAGGAUCUGACAUUAACCUUAAAACAGGAGAAAAUGUUACAGAGGGCGGCAUCCAAUGUGUCAGACAAAAAGAGCAGCAAGCCGAAGCGCUCCACCAGCUUCGGUAGGUUUGAGGGUCUCAGAAAUCACUCGCCACUAGCCAAACCAGAGGAAAAUGGAACAACUGUGCUCACAGAAGAAUGUGAGACCAUUUUGGACCAACACAAAUCAGCUGGACUUGGGAAGAAGAUGAAGGCUAUUUCACUCACCAUGCGCAGAAAAAUGGGCAAAAAACACGCCAAGUCUUUUUCUGAGGAGAUGGGUGAUGACGCAGACAAAGACCCAGAGGCAGAGACAGAGAGUGGCCCUCCAGCUGAGAAAAGCUCUGAUAAGACAAGAAUCUCCUUAGAGAGUCUGUACAGCGGCCAGAGCUCCUCUAGUUCAGGCGGUGUGACCAGUGAGUCCAAUGGUUCUGGUCAGAGAGACAGUCUGAGGCUGGAGGAGGACGGCUCCUAUCAGGGGCAGUUCUGUGGCAGAGCUCGCGUCCACACAGACUUUGUUCCCAGCCCGUACGACACAGACUCACUCAAACUCAAGGUCGGUGACAUCAUCAACAUCAUCAGUAAGCCUCCGAUGGGCAUCUGGACGGGCAUGCUAAACAACAAAGUGGGCAACUUCAAGUUCAUCUAUGUGGAAGACGUUUGUGCGGAGAAAGAAGAAGAAGAGGUAGCUCCCAAGAUCAGACAACAGAAGCUGUGCAAACGACCUCGGCCUAAAACGCUGCUGGAGUUACUGGAGCGGCUGAAUCUGGAGGAGUACGCCUCUGCCUUGCUGCUAAAUGGCUACCAGUCGGUGGAGGACCUGCUGCACCUGCAGGACAAACACCUGAUAGAGCUGAACGUCAAAGACCCCGAGCACAGACGCAAGCUUCUCGCCGCUGCUGAAUUCCGCUACACAGGUGAUGACGUCAGGGAACCGGAGGUGCACAUAUCAUCCCACAGUCUACAAGAAGACGACAGCGACUGUCCCAGAGACUCGGGUUGCUUCAUCCCAUCUGAAUGUUCAGAAAGCAAGGAGGACGCAGAGCCGCUCACAGACGCCGUGGACUCUUAAUGUGAUUACUUGUCAGAUGGAUACUUUGACAAUUGGAAUUUGGAAUUUGGAAUUCAGUGUUGUGUAUUUUCUUAUGACAGAUGCGGUUUUAACAAUUAUCCUUUAAUCUAAAGCUAGCUACAUGCUUGCCUAAUGUACAAGCUUUUUAAAAGUGUGAAAGGAAGAACAAAACCGAUAUUCUAGAUGUCAUCUUAUCCAUUUGUCGCUUUAUCAAUAAGACUAGUGCGCUGACCGUUCUGAACAUGCCUGGGCUGAAUGCUCGGCCUGUGGUGUUGCUGAUUGCAGUUUUCUCGAGAACCGCUCAUACAAACAACUUAAACACUCAACACAGCGCUUCACUUGGGUCCUUAGCAAUACACCUGCCAUGACGUAGUUGCGUCACACACCCAAGAACGCAAGAACCCACCUAAAAGUAUCAAGUCAUGCACUGGGGAAAUACUGGGGAAGUCUUUUACUCACAAAACACAGUUGGGGUUUACUCACGGUCCACUACCAUCCACUAUAUCCAGCAUCUAUGUAACGUUAGUUAUCCACUAUAUCCAGCAUCCAUGUAACGUAUCCAGAGCGGCGGUUUGUUUGUAAGGCCGGGCCUGCUGCGGACGCCAUGUUGGACAGGUGGACCGCCCGCCCCGCUGUUGCUGUUCUCUUCUUCUCCUCCUUUGGUGUUUUCCGGCAGUUGGCAUCCUUUAAGUCGCAUUACUGCCUCCUACUGGAUUUAAUCGUCCACUAUUAUGUUCUGUUUUAUCCUUGUAAACAGUCCGGUUGCUUUCAAAAACCUAAAUAUAUAAUUUUUCUCCCCUCCAUCACUGCCGCUGUUCGCUUGUUUUAUUCAAAGUGUAUUAAUAUGGAACGUGUCCAAAUUGCGCUACAUUCGACAAAGUAUUCCUCCGGGUCCCCAGAAAUCCAUCUGCCAAGUGAAAAGUAGAUCGGAUGAACGGUUCUCGAGAUAUGCAGCACAUAUAACCACAUACAGACAGAAAGACAGAGAUGCUUGCUUUAUAGUUAUAUAAUAAUCACGUAUUCUUUAUUUUAUGUUGUUGAAAAAUUGGCAUUUUUAUUGAUAAAAUGUCACCUGUAUUUAUUGCAUUUGAAAUCAUCCAGUGUAUUUUUUAUUUCCAUAUAAAGCCUUUAUUUAUCACAUCUGCAUCAUUUUUACCUUUCUCAUCAAUCUUAUUCAACAUCCUGUGUAAUCUUCCUAUAAAUGAAUGAGGUGAUGUUGGUGAAGAGAUGUUUUUGAAAUGUAGUGUCUGGGUUUGAACGAUUCAUAUUCAAAUCUUGCCUAUAAUGUAUACUGUACAGGAAAACGUGGUAUUUUCUGAACGUGUGUGAAUGAGUGCGUGGGAGAGCCUGUGUAUGUAAAAGUCAGCAUUCAACUGUUUUCACAACUUUUUGUAAAUAAAAUCAAAGUCUGAAUUA